AUGUCGGAUCUCAAGCGACCAGAGACGGUCGUCGAUGACCGCCAAUGCAGAAUUCUGCUAACAGCCGUUGUCCUAGGCGACCCGGGUGUCCAUAUGUAUAAUCAGGCCAAAUAUGGUCCUGUGGAUGUAAUCACCGGCGACUAUCUUGCUGAAGCCAACCUGGCCAACCAUGCCGUGGAGGUCAAAGAUUCCAAAGGCCCCGGCUGGGUUCCAACGGCAUGGGAUGGGCUACAACAGACUCUCGACAUCGCAGCGGAGAAAGGAAUCAAGAUCGUGAUCAAUGGCGGGGCAGUCAACCCCAAAGGCCUAGCGGAAGAAACGCACAAGUUAGUCAAGGAAAAGGGACUAGACUUAACCGUCGCGUAUGUGGAUGGUGACAACGUCCUCCAUAAGGCGCAGCACAUUCUGGAGGGUAUCAAGUCUGGGGCCCUCACUCACCUGGAUGCCCAGAAUGAGAGCGUCCACCUGGCGAAGGGCGCCGUGGAUUUCUUGGAUCACCCCGACACCACGCCGGUGGUCUGCGCGAAUGCCUACCUCGGCUACCGUGCAAUCAAGGCCGGUCUCGACCAAGGCGCAGACAUCGUCAUCUGCGGGCGCGUAGCCGAUGCAUCCCCCGUCAUCGCUGCCGCGGCCUGGUGGCAUAACUGGCAGGAGUCCGACCUGGACCAGCUGGCUGGCGCCCUUAUCGGGGGCCAUUUGAUCGAAUGUUCCACCUAUGUCACGGGCGCAAACUUCUCAGGCGCUUUCCGGUACCCCCCCGAAACCUUUGUCGGCCUCGGGCUUCCCAUUGUGGAGAUUACUAGCAGCGGUGAAUGUGUAGUGACGAAACACGAGAGUCUCAAAGGCAUUGUUACCCCGGACACCGUCAAAUGCCAGCUCCUGUAUGAGCUUCAGGGAAACAUCUAUUUGAACAGCGAUGUGAAGGCCGAUAUCACCCAUAUCAAGGUGAAGGAGGAGGCGACGAACCGGGUGCAUGUCUCGAACGUCAAAGGAUACCUUCCGCCUCCCACCACCAAGCUAGCCGUCUUCUAUGAGGGGGGUUAUCAGUGUGAAAUGGCACUGAAUGCGACUGGAUAUGCGACAAGCCACAAGUGGGAUAUCCAAGAGGCGCAAAUCCGAAGCAAACUAGACGAAUGGGGCAUCACAGACCAGUUGGAUGAGCUCGACUUUCAGCGCGUGGGUGUGCCCAUGGAGAACCCAACCUCGCAGCUGGCCUCUACAACAUAUCUACGGGUCUUUGCGCAAGCUAAAGACCCAAAGAUUCUCGGCCGCGUAGGAGCCGCAUGGCAUUUCUAUGGCAUGGCUCACUUUGCGGGGAUGCACUGCACCCUAGAUAUGCGGACAGCGAUUCCCAAACCCUUCCUGGGCUUCUACCCCGCCAAAAUCCCGCAGUCCGAGCUUGAAGAAGCCGUCAAUAUCUUCAGUCGGGACUCGGUGCAGCAUCCUAAGCGCACCGUUGUUGGUCCCCCCAAAGCAACAGAGCCUCUGAGGGACAGAGACAACUACGAUCCGUCCAGUCCUGCUUCGCUCUCUAGCUUCGGUGAGACGGUGAAUCGGCCACUCGGAGAUAUUGCCCUUGGAAGAUCGGGAGACAAAGGAGGGAAUGUGAAUAUCGGCCUUUACGUGCAAACGGAUGAAGAGUGGAAGUGGUUCCGCUCGUUUAUGACCCGCGCCAAGAUGCAAGAACUGAUGGGUAGAGACUGGCAGGAUUGGUAUUUCAUUGAGCGUGUGGAGAUGCCCGAGAUCCGUGCCGUGCACUUCGUCGUGUACGGGCCUCUGGGUAGAGGCGUGAGUAGCUCGAAGCUACUCGACGGUCUGGGCAAGGGCUUUGCCGAGUUCAUCCGUGCCGUCCAUAUCCCUAUUCCCAAAGCAUUCCUGUAA